UCCUUCGAUUCUUUCUUCUAGUAGUGUGGUUUUCGUUCAAACCGGCAAAUAUUUAUUUCUUAGAUUUGCCGGUUUAGURCGCUAAAAGGCGUCUUUCUGCUACAGGAUCACUAUGUUCCUGAGGGCCAGCACACGAGCAUUGAAACACUGCCAACUUCAUACAAUUGGAGGUGCAAAAUAUGGAGCUGCUAGCAGAUUAUCUAAGUUAACAUCUCUCCAUAAAACGUCCAUCAUWAAAGAUGCUUUCUUCUAUCCAAAACUUUAUGCUGGUACAGCACGUUUUUGCUCAAACCAGGCAAAAGAGAAUGCGGAACCAUCAGCCGUCCCAUUGACACCAUAUGACCAACUCACCAUUGGUGUYCCUAAAGAAACCUUCCCUGGWGAGCGCAGGGUUGCCAUCAGUCCAACAGCYGUAGCUCAGUAUACCAAACAAGGUUUUAAAGUUAUAAUAGAAGAGGGGGCUGGCUUGAAUGCACGGUUCUUAGAUGAGGAUUAUAUUAAUGCUGGAGCUACUGUCCAAAGCACGAAAGAUGUCUACAGCAACUCGGAUAUUAUCUUGAAAGUGAGGCCACCAGCUCUAGAAGAGACAGAUCUGCUAAAGGAUGGCACCAAGUUGAUCAGCUUUCUGUAYCCUGCACAAAACAARGARCUCAUAGACGCAUUAGCCAAGAGAAAAAUAACUGCUUUUGGUGUUGAUUGUAUACCUAGAAUAAGCAGAGCCCAAUCAUUUGAUGCUUUGAGCUCAAUGGCAAACAUYGCUGGCUACAAAGCUGUUAUUGAAGCUGCAAACCUGUUUGGCAGGUUUUUUACUGGACAAAUAACGGCAGCUGGUAAAGUUCCUCCAGCAAAAAUUCUUGUUAUUGGUGGUGGAGUCGCUGGUUUGGCAGCCAUUGCAACUGCAAAGAACAUGGGUGCCGUAGUAAGAGCCUUUGAUACCAGAGCAGCAGUCAAAGAGCAGGUACAGUCUCUUGGAGCAGAGUUCCUGGAAAUAACUGGAAUUGAAGAAUCAGGAGAAGGAUCUGGUGGUUAUGCAAAGGAAAUGUCCAAAGAGUUCAUUGAAGCAGAGAUGGCUUUAUUUGCCAAGCAGUGUAAAGAAGUGGACAUUGUCAUCACCACAGCUUUGAUUCCUGGAAAACCAGCACCAAAGCUAAUUACAAAGGAAAUGGUUGAAUCCAUGAAACCAGGCUCUGUCAUUGUUGACUUGGCUGCAGAGACUGGUGGAAACUGUGAAUUCACUAAACCAGGAGAACUUAAUGUCCACAAUGGUGUUAAUAUUGUUGGAUAUACUGAUCUUCCAAGUAGACUUGCUGCACAAGCCAGUACAUUGUAUGCCAACAACUUAACAAAGUACCUUACAUCGAUGGGAGGACAGAAAGGCAGUUUUGGUAUCGAUUUGAAUGAUGAAGUAGUCAGAGGAUCUAUAGUGYUACAAGAUGGGAAGAUGAUGUGGCCACCACCACAGAUUAGCCAUCCACCUCCUACACCUUCAAAACCGAAAGCCAUUGUCAAACCACCAGAAACAUCACCUUUUAAUAAAGCUUUACAAGAGGCAGGACUUACAGCAGCUGGUCUUGGAUCCAUUGUCGCUCUAAGUGCUGCAUCUCCAAAUGCAGCCUUUGCUACCAUGGUGACAACCUUCUCAUUGGCUGGUGUMAUUGGCUACAAAGUAGUAUGGGGUGUUACCCCUGCCCUCCACUCACCACUGAUGUCCGUCACCAAUGCAAUCUCUGGUAUAACUGCCGCUGGUGGUUUGGUAAUGAUGGGCGGAGGCUGGACGCCUGAUGGUACUGCGACCUCCCUUGCAGCAGCCGCUACACUGAUAUCCUCYAUUAACAUCACAGGAGGAUUCAUUAUCACAAAGAGAAUGUUAGACAUGUUCAGAAGACCAGGYGACCCACCAGARUAUGCAUCCAUGUAUGCACUGCCUGCAGGAGUUGCUAUUGGCGGUUAUGCUGCGGCUAAGUACGCCGGUUAUCCUGAUGCCGAUCAACUAGCCUACCUUAUCUCAUCACUGUGCUGUGUUGGCGCUUUAUCUGGGCUUUCAGCGCAGACUACYAGUCGACAAGGAAACUCUCUUGGUAUGAUUGGUAUUGGUACUGGACUGGCUGCAACCAUAGGCAAUCUGAACCCAAGUUUAGAAACUCUUGGCCAGAUGAGUGCAAUGAUGGGMAUUGGYGGUGCCAUCGGUGCUGCCAUCUCAAGYCGCAUUGCAGUAAGCGAYCUACCACAGCUUGUGGCUGCCUUCCAUAGUUUUGUUGGACUUGCAGCCGUUUUAACUGCAGUUGCCAAAUUCAUGAUUGAUUGUGAUCACUUUGCUUUGGACCCUGCUGGUAACGUUCACAAGACAGCAAUCUUCCUGGGAACKUUCAUUGGAGGAGUGACAUUCACUGGUUCAUUGGUUGCCUUUGGUAAACUCCAUGCUUUGUUGGAUUCAAAAGCCCUGAAUCUUCCUGGCAAGAAUCAACUUAAUAUCGCCAUGGCGCUGGCUAAUGUUGGUGCUAUGGGCUGGUACAUGACAAGUGGUGACAGCAGUGUYUGCUUGUCCAUGUUAGGUACAACUGCCACUCUAUCCAUGAUCAUGGGAUGGCACAUGACUGCAUCUAUCGGUGGAGCAGACAUGCCUGUUGUUAUMACAGUACUAAACAGCUACAGUGGAUGGGCACUUUGUGCCGAGGGAUUCAUGUUAAAUAACGAUCUUUUAACUAUUGUUGGUGCAUUGGUUGGGUUCUCUGGUGGUAUCCUGUCGUACAUCAUGUGCAAAGCCAUGAAUAGAUCGCUUKCUAAUGUCCUUUUCGGUGGCUAUGGAACUCUGUCAUCAGGAACUGGCGAAAAGAUGAAGAUCGAAGGAACACACACUGAAAUCAACGCUGACUCCGCCAUUGAUAUGAUUACAAGUGCAAAGAACGUCAUCAUUGUCCCUGGUUACGGUCUAGCCGUUGCUAAGGCACAGUACGCCAUCGCUGAUAUGGUGAAAACUCUUCACGAAAAGAACAUCAAUGUACGAUUUGGUAUUCACCCUGUUGCUGGUCGUAUGCCUGGACAAUUGAACGUUUUACUUGCUGAGGCUGGAGUCCCUUACGAUAUCGUCCUCGAGAUGGAUGAGAUCAACGAUGAUUUCCCAGAAACAGAUCUAGCGUUGGUUAUCGGCGCUAAUGACACGAUUAACUCAGCUGCACAAGACGAUCCUAAUUCAUCCAUUGCUGGGAUGCCUGUGUUAGAAGUCUGGAAGGCCAAACAGGUCGUGAUCAUGAAGAGAACAUUAGGAGCCGGCUAUGCUGACGUCGACAAUCCCGUGUUUUUCAAGGAAAAUACCGCCAUGUUGCUAGGUGACGCCAAGACCAUGUGUGAUGCCUUAUUUGGAAAAAUCCGAAGUCAUUACGACAUGGAAUAACCCCCGAGUGUAGUAUUACAGUGUAKUAUUAGUUAGAUCCAUGUAUAGAAUGAUCGGAGUUGAGUGAAUGAGUGCUGGCAUCUUCAAUGUUUGUGAAGAAAGAAUAASUAGAGAGCGAAUUCAAACAAGUCUGAACAAUUGUAAUGUGUGCAAUAAUGCAACGCACAAUAAAUUUGCUACUUUAUUAA